AUGAAAACUUUCCUGACCACGGCCUCGCGUCAGCUGUGUCAGCUCCACCAACUUAUAUUUGAGGUGCCGAAUGUCAGCUGCGGCAGCUGGUGGUCAGGAAUGUCAGCUGCGGCAGCUGGUGGUCAGGGAAUGUCAGCUGCGGCAGCUGGUGGUGAGGAAUGUCAACUGCGGCAGCUGGCGGUCGGGGUGUGUCAGCUGCGGCAGCUGGUGGUCAGGGAAUGUCAGCUGCGGCAGCUGGUGGCGAGGAAUGACACUAGCCCUGAGGACACUUCUAGCCUCGAAGACACUAGCUCCGAGGAUAUUAGCCCCGAGGACACUAGCCCCAAGGACACUAGCCCUGAGGACACUAACUUUGAGGACACCAUCUCCGAGGACACUAGUCCCAAGGACACCAGCCCCGAAGACACUAGCCCCGAGGACACCAGCCCCAAGGACACCAACCCCGAGGACACUAGCCCCGAGGACACCAGCCCCGAGGACACCAGCCCCGAGGACACUAGCCCCGAGGACACCAGCCCCGAGGACACCAGCCCCGAGGACACUAGCCCCGAGGACACUAGCCCCGAGGACACUAGCCCCGAGGACACCAGCCCCGAGGACACCAGCCCCGAGGACACCAGCCUCGAGGACACCAGCCCCGAGGACACCAGCCUCGAGGACACAAGCCCCGAUGACAUCAGCCCCGAGGACACUAGUCCCAAGGACACCAGCCUCGAGGACACUAGUCCCAAGGACACCAGCCUCGAGGACACUAGCCCCGAGGACACCAGCUUCGAGGACACCAGCUUCGAGGACACCAGCCCCGAGGACACCAGCCCCGAGGACACCAGCCCCGAGGACACCAGCCCCGAGGACACCAGCCCCGAGGACACCAGCCCCGAGGACACUAGCCCCGAGGACACUAGCCCCGAGGACACCAGCCCCGAGGACACCAGCCCCGAGGACACUAGCCCCGAGGACACCAGCCCCGAGGACACCAACCCCGAGGACACUAGCCCCGAGGACACCAGCCCCGAGGACACUAGCCCCGAGGACACCAGCCCCGAGGACACCAGCCCCGAGGACACUAGCCCCGAGGACACCAGCCCCGAGGACACUAGCCCCGAGGACACUAGCCCCGAGGACACCAGCCCCGAGGACACCAGCCCCGAGGACACCAGCCCCGAGGACACUAGCCCCGAGGACACCAGCCCCGAGGACACCAGCCCCGAGGACACCAGCCGCGAGGACACUAGCCCCGAGGACACUAGCCCCGAGGACACCAGUCCCGAGGACACCAGUCCCGAGGACACCAGCCCCGAGGACACCAGCCCCGAGGACACCAUCCCCGAGGACACUAGCCCCGAGGACACCAGCCCCGAGGACACCAGCCCCGAGGACACCAGCCCCGAGGACACCAGCCCCGAGGACACUAGCCCCGAGGACACCAGCCCCGAGGACACUAGCCCCGAGGACACCAGCCCCGAGAACACUAGCCCCGAGGACACCAGCCCCGAGGACACUAGCCCCGAGGACACUAGCCCCGUAGGACACUAG